CAUUGAUGGAUUAAUGAAUAGUAAUGAUAAAAUUAAUAGUGAAGUUCAUAUUUCUAAUUUAAUUAAAAGUGAUGAUGAAAAUGAUCUUAUGUUGGAGGAUAUUAAAAAUAAAAUCAAAAAACAUAAGCAAUUUAUUCAACAUAUUCAUGAAGAAUAUGAAGCAGGAAACAUUCAACAUGUAAAAGCAUUACUAAAUAGAUCAAAAAGAAUUUAUACUAUGAUGGAUGAUAUUCAAAAAGCACAAA